CGAUUAUCAGUGAAAAUCUUCUAGUCUUGUGAGUUUUGUGGGUGAGGUUUGACGAGUAAGACGUAAGUUUCAGUGGUUCGCAGCCCCACAUUUAACUAAUACAUUUCCAGUAAACCUGCAAAAUGUCGAAGAUCGAUGAUGAACGUGAAGGACAGUAUGGAUACGUCCAUGCAGUAUCCGGUCCUGUCGUCACCGCCGAAAAAAUGAGCGGAUCGGCUAUGUACGAAUUGGUCAGGGUUGGUUACCAUGAACUGGUCGGUGAAAUUAUCCGAUUGGAGGGCGAUAUGGCCACUAUCCAAGUAUACGAAGAAACAUCCGGUGUAACAGUUGGUGAUCCGGUGUUGCGUACCGGUAAACCCUUGUCCGUCGAAUUGGGACCUGGUAUUAUGGGUUCAAUUUUCGACGGUAUCCAACGUCCGUUGAAAGACAUCAACGAUUUGACCCAGAGCAUUUACAUUCCCAAGGGUGUGAACGUGCCCGCCCUUUCGAGGACGGCCAAAUGGGAAUUCAAUCCGUGGAACAUCAAAUUGGGAGCUCACUUAACGGGAGGUGACAUCUACGGUAUCGUCCACGAAAACACCCUGGUGAAACACAAAAUCGUCCUGCCACCUAAAGCCAAGGGUACGGUUACAUACGUAGCUGAGCCGGGUAAUUACACAGUCGAUGAAGUUGUAUUGGAAACGGAAUUCGAUGGCGAACGCACCAAAUAUUCUAUGUUGCAAGUGUGGCCUGUACGUCAACCACGUCCGGUCAGCGAAAAGUUGCCAGCGAAUCAUCCUCUUCUCACCGGACAACGUGUCCUGGACUCUUUGUUCCCUUGUGUACAGGGUGGUACCACCGCCAUUCCCGGAGCUUUCGGUUGUGGAAAGACUGUAAUUUCACAAUCUUUGUCCAAAUAUUCCAACUCUGACGUCAUUAUCUACGUCGGUUGUGGAGAAAGAGGUAACGAGAUGUCUGAAGUACUGCGUGACUUCCCCGAACUAUCCGUCGAAAUCGACGGCCACACCGAAUCCAUCAUGAAGCGUACCGCCCUCGUCGCCAACACCUCCAACAUGCCUGUAGCCGCCCGUGAGGCGUCCAUUUACACCGGUAUCACCCUUUCGGAAUAUUUCCGUGACAUGGGUUACAACGUAUCCAUGAUGGCUGAUUCGACCUCCCGUUGGGCCGAAGCCUUGAGAGAAAUUUCUGGUCGUUUGGCUGAAAUGCCCGCCGAUUCCGGUUAUCCGGCUUACUUGGGUGCCCGUCUCGCCUCCUUCUACGAACGUGCCGGUCGUGUUAAGUGUCUGGGUAAUCCAGACAGAGAAGGUUCCGUCUCCAUUGUAGGAGCCGUAUCACCACCCGGUGGUGACUUCUCCGAUCCCGUCACAUCCGCCACCCUUGGUAUUGUACAAGUGUUCUGGGGUUUGGAUAAGAAAUUGGCUCAACGUAAACAUUUCCCCUCCAUUAACUGGCUCAUCUCAUACUCCAAAUACACACGUGCCCUAGAUGACUUCUACGACAAAAACUUCCCAGAAUUCGUACCCCUCAGGACCAAAGUCAAGGAGAUCUUACAAGAAGAAGAAGAUUUGUCCGAAAUCGUACAGCUGGUCGGUAAAGCCUCUUUGGCCGAAACCGAUAAGAUCACCCUUGAAGUAGCCAAACUGCUGAAGGAAGAUUUCCUGCAACAGAACUCAUACUCCGCCUAUGACAGAUUCUGUCCAUUCUACAAAACCGUCGGUAUGUUGAGAAACAUGAUCGGCUUGUACGACAUGGCGAGACACGCCGUCGAAAGUACAGCACAAUCCGAGAACAAGAUCACGUGGAAUGUAAUCAGAGAUUCAAUGAGCAACAUCUUGUACCAAUUGAGCAGUAUGAAGUUCAAGGAUCCAGUCAAGGAUGGCGAGGCUAAAAUUAAGGCCGACUUUGACCAAUUAUACGAAGAUAUCCAACAAGCGUUCAGGAAUCUGGAAGAUUAGACGUAGGAAAACACGCAACAAUAAUUAGUUAUAUAAUUGUUUUUUGGCCUGUAACCACACUUAAACGACCACAUAUCAUAGUCGAGAUGCGGGAUUUAUCAAAUACAAUCCCGCAUCUCUGGCGCUGAGGUCGCUAAAAUCAAACUUGUAAAUUUGUUGGCCGUCAUGUUUUAGGGAGUUUGUUCCCCUUUGAUAUUAAUAUGUACAAUACAAUGUUUAUAAAUAAUUAGAUGUAUAGUUUAUAAGAAUGUCUAAGUAAUAGCGCUGAUUUUAUUAUGUGGUGAGGGUAAAAUUUUAACUUUUUAUUUUGUAAUUUCCCUUCAUUCCAAUAUUUUUAGGGACUUUUCCAUGGUAUGUUCACUGUAAUAUAUAAAGUGGUGCUUAUAUUGUUUCCAGUAUUAUUUUUAAAAUCUUAAAUUGUUAUCUACACAUCUUUUAAACUGUUGUAUAUUGCAUCAUUUUAUCAUUCAAAGCCAUUAUGUAUCCUAAUUGUACAGUAUAUUGUAUCAAAUAUAUUCAAUUAAUUAUCUUAGAACAGUAAUAGUAGUGCAAUUAAAUGCAGUUGCUCUAAUUGUAAGAGAUACAAUAAAACGCAUUGUUGUUUGAAA